AUGGCGGAGCUCUCCCUCGAGGCGGAAGCCUACCUAUGGUGGCCUCUUAUACUGUACAUGUUUUACCUCAUGUCAGUGGUUUGCGAUGACUACUUGUUGCCAGCUGUCGAUGCCAUCAGUGCUCGCUUUCAUAUUCCCGAUGAUGUUGCAGGAGCAACACUCGUGGCCUUUGCCUGUAACGGUCCAGAACUGUUGACGAACAGCUGCUCCAUCUACCUGAACGAUGAAUCAGUAGGAAUUGGGACCAUCGUUGGCUCCGCAAUCUUCAACGUACUGGUCAUUACAGGGUGCUGUCCACUCGUUGCACCAGACCGCUUUUUGAAGAUAAACCCCGCAUUCUUUCUGCGAGAUGCAUUCUUUUCCGCGUUGUCUAUCGUUCUACUUUGGUGGGCGCUCCCCAUUGUGGACCUCUUCAAAGCCUCUACAUUGCUGGCUUUCUCUGCCCUCUAUGCAUGGGUUGUUGCAAAAAGUGGCCAAUGGUUUGGCGAUCACCGCUAUGAUGGCACUGAGCUCCUGGCGGAGGGGAUCAUUACUUCACCCUCAGCCAUUUCUAGGCAAGUCUCAUCAGAUCCCGCCCUCGAAGUUCCCUUCCUGGCUGAGAAGAGGGAGCUUGUGCCUUUUGCUGUCAGCCAACCCGGUGGUCUUCUCCUUUGGUUGACGAUCCCGAACGUGAAGCUGCAGCCACGCCGUUACUUUUCAAGUUUCUUCAUGUCGAUGAUGUGGCUGAGUGCCACAGCAUAUGUUGUUUGCAUCGGUUCCGAUAGGAUCAACAUCCUUUGGGGUAUUCCUCGAAGCUUUCUUGGGUUGACCCUCGUCGCCAUUGGAACCUCCUGGCCGAACCUUUUAGCCUCCAUUGUCACCGCCAGGCAGGGGCGAGGAGAAAUGGCUAUCAGCAGUGACUACACCAGCAACAGUGCAGAAAUAUUGUCUUCGGUGUUAUGGAUGGGGGCUACGUUAGCGAUCGUAGUGCUGCUCGCCAGCUGUUCAGGAUUCAGCUUGCGAGCCUGGACUGGUUGUGCUUUUGUGGCCGUCUACGGCAUGUACUUAUUGCAGGCCUCAAGAGAGCUGCUUACAUGA